ACAGGUAUUAAGCUCCGCCUACAACUCCCAGAAUGGACAGAAACAGGAAGUGAUAGCUAGGGCUAUUCAGUUCCUCUGUCUCCCAGUUCCCCUGUAUCCCAUGUGCACACCUGCCUGGCCAUAGAGACUACUGUGACGGAGAGGGAGGCAAGCAGGGUGCUUUCUGGGUGCUGUGUCUGCCUCACAGGACGCGGAACCUCACAGUGUGAUGCCCAGAGAAAGGAAAAGAACCAGAAGGGCACCAAGCGGUUGAGGAGCUGCUGGAACCAAGGGAGAGGCAGGGAAUAGAGGCAUUUAGGAUUUUCUUUAAGACUGAGAGAGGCCUUGACUGCCCAGGUUGUAGUUGACUAACUGCAGCAGGUUGGACCUCAAGAAAGACUUUCUACGAAAUCCUCUGCUCCUCCCAACGCUGAACUAGGAUUGGGAUCCCGCUGUGAAUUUUCCAGACUGUCACUGUCUUCUGUGGCUGCUUCGGCCUCAGAUUUGGCCGUCCCAGGAACCAGCUGUGUGCUUCACUGUCCAGCACACGCCACCGCCGAGCCCUGAGCAGACGCCGGAGCCCUCGAGGUACUCCUUCCAUCUUGGGAACACACUAGUAAUUCAUUGAUAACAGGAAGUUAUGAGGGACCCUGUGAGUAGCCAGUACAGCUCCUUUCUUUUCUGGAGGAUGCCCAUUCCAGAGCUGGAUCUGUCGGAGCUGGAAGGCCUGGGUCUGUCAGAUACAUCCACCUACAAGAUCAAAGACAGCAGCGCUGGCAAGAUGACCGGGCAACCAACUGGAGUUGAACAGGAGAAACACUCCGAAGGCGAUGCCCUCCUGGAGUACAGCACCUUCAACUUCUGGAGAGCUCCCAUUGCCAGCAUCCACUCCUUCGAAUUGGACUUGCUUUAAGCCCAAGACUCCUCUCUGCCACCACCUUGCCCUCACUGUCUUCCCUUGCAAGCCCCUCCCUUCCCACCCUUUGUCCUGUGAAUCUUGCUCUCUCCCCUCUAUGGUGUUGAGGUGGUGCUGAUGAAUCUGCCAGAGUUGUGUUGUA